AUGGCGACGAAACAGCCCUUGAAGACGACGUUUGACGUCGAGCGCGUCAUUCGGCCAAUCUAUACCGGAGGAUCUGUUGCAAUUGACAACAAGGCGCAGAUUCUAGCCACCACUCUGGGCGAGGAUGCUAUUCUAACAAACCCCACCAAUGGAAAGCAUUUGGCACAGAUUGAAGGCGAUGGAGAUUCAAUUUCGACAUUGACACUAACGCCUUCCGGUUCCCACCUCAUCGUUUGUUCCCGAUCGCUGUCCAUGAGAAUUUUCGUGCUCAAAUGGUCCUCAGAGGGUGAUUCGAUCGAAGCAUCACUGGUCCGUACACUGAAGCCACAUGCGACCCCAGUCAUUGUUCUGGCGGUUGAUCGCACGGGCACUCUCCUGGCGACAGGUGGAACCGAUGGUGUGAUCAAGGUCUGGGACAUUGCUGGUGGCUAUGUCACACAUACUUUCCGAGGACCAUCAGUAUUGGUGUCCGCACUGCGUUUCUUUGAGGUUGCAGCACGAGCAACGCCCAAUCAAACCCCCAAAGGCUCGAAGAGCCGGUCUAGGACGGAAGAUGACGAGGACGAGGACGAGGUAGAAGCCACUACCACUACAAAUUUUCGAUUGGCUUCGGGUAGCCAGGAUGGAAAAGUGCGGGUUUGGGACCUGAACAAGAGGAGCUGCAUCGCCAACUUGGACUCCCACGUAUCUGACGUACAGGCGAUUGACUACUCUCCAGCACAGCAUGCUCUUGUCACGGCCAGCAGGGACAAGACUCUCAUCUGGUGGGAUACGAAGUCGUGGAAAAUUCGAAAAGUCGUCCCAUGUCUCGAGCUUGUCGAAACAGCGGGAUUCAUCGACGAUGGAAACCUCACAUUCUCCGCCGGAGCCAAUGGCUGUCUUCGCAUUUGGGAUACCGACAAGGGCUCAGAGCUGACACCGAAACAAUCUGCCAAGAGCGAAGAGGAGGGAAUCAUUGCCGGCAUUUACCGACCAGAACUUCCCUUUAUUCUCCUAGUGCAGGUUGACCACACUUUGGCUUUGUACGAGCUAUCGUCAAAGGCUACAACAACAAAUUUUACCACACCUGAGCCUUUCCGCCGAAUAUCCGGCACGCAUGACGAGAUCAUCGACAUGGCCUAUCUCUUACCCGACCACUCGCUGCUUGCUCUGGCCACGAACUCAGAGGACAUUCGUUUGGUAUCCGUAGCUGAAUCAGAAAAUGGUGCUCAGGAGACGGCGUGGACAAAAUCGGAGACCCCAUUCUUUGGCCAAGAUGUGGCCCUCUUACGAGGACAUGAGGAUAUUGUAAUUGCAUUGGAUGUUGACUGGUCUGGGCACUGGGUCGCCACUGGAGCUAAAGAUAAUACUGCAAAGCUCUGGAGAAUCGAUCCCGCUAGUAACACUCACGUGUGCUGGGCUACUUUUUCAGGACAUGCGGAAUCUCUUGGUGCUGUGGCCUUGCCCAAAACUGUUCCUGUCGAAGGCUCAGCGGCACGAACCGACCCUCUCAACCAUCCACCUCCUUUCCUUUUGACGGGAUCACAAGAUCAGACGAUCAAGAAGUGGGAGAUUUCCCGAACACCCCAGCAACAAGGUCAAAAAACCAACGCCCGCUCUGUCUUUACAAGAAAAGCCCACGACAAAGACAUCAACGCAAUCAAUGUACAUCAUGCCGGUCAGCUUUUUGCAUCUGCUUCACAAGACAAGACUGUCAAGGUGUGGUCAGUAGAGGAGGGAGAGGUCCAAGGUAUCCUUCGUGGCCAUAAGCGAGGAGUGUGGACUGUGCAGUUUUCGCCUGCUCAAAUGCCCGCUCUACAGGGAGAAGAUGGCCCUGUCACAGGCAAGGGUGUUGUCCUGACUGGCAGUGGUGAUAAGAGCAUCAAGCUCUGGAAUCUCUCAGACUACACGUGCAUUCGUACAUUUGAGGGGCAUUCAAACUCCAUUCUCAAGGUAGCUUGGCUCAGCAUGACCUCGCGUUCGGAACAGGCCAAAGGACUGGUCCAAUUUGCGAGUGCCGGUGGUGAUGGGCUCGUUAAGAUUUGGAAUGCAAACUCUGGAGAAACUGAAUGUACUUUGGACAACCACGAAGAUCGAGUGUGGGCCUUGGCUGUGCAUCCAAAGACCAAUGCGGUCGUCUCUGGAAGCGGUGAUUCUACCGUUACGUUCUGGAAAGAUACAACGUCCGAGACUCAAGCAGCAGCAUCUCAGGCAGCACUGAAGCUCAUCGAGCAAGAACAGGAGCUUGAGAACCACAUGCAUGCUGGAUCUUACAGAGAAGCCAUUACUUUGGCCCUCCAAUUGAAUCAUCCUGGACGGCUGCUCGGCCUCUUUACCUCUGUUGUCACAACUAGCAAGCCCGAACAGGGCAGUUUAUGUGGUAUCAAGGCAGUUGAUGAAGUUCUCGCGACACUCUCCGACGACCAGAUAUACUUGUUGUUGCUGAGGCUGCGAGACUGGAACACAAACGCUCGCACAGCCCCAGUGGCACAGCGCAUACUGUGGACGCUGAUCAAGAGCUACCCGGCUUCAAAGUUCUCAAACCUGCCUGUCAAAGGCUCAAGGGGAGAGAAGAGCUUGAAGGAUGUGCUGCAUGGUCUGAGGGUGUACACUGAGAGACACUACAAGCGCAUGGAGGAAUUGGUGGACGAAAGCUAUCUGGUAGAGUAUACCCUGCAGGAAAUGGACAGCCUCGCCCCGACACUCCAGGGCGACACUGUCAUGAGUGGUUAG